AGCCUGUGGGAUUAUUCUGUUUGGAUACUGUGGAGAAACGAACCUGGAAAAAUGACCAAAACGCUGCCCAACUCACUCCAAGACGGGAACCGGAGUAGAAAAAGGAUAUUAAAACCCGUUGUGGAAAAGAAAAGGAGAGAUCGGAUCAACCAUAGCCUGGCCGAACUGAGGAGUCUUCUUUUGAACUCAACAUCUGAUCCUAGGCUACAAAAUCCAAAAAUAGAAAAAGCUGAGAUUUUGGACCUUGCUGUUGAAUACCUACACAAGUGGACUAGUGGAGCUAAUGAUGCUGCUCAGAUAAGACACACUCCGGAAGUGUCACCCCCUCGCCUAGAGCCUUCCUCUGUAUUCACAAUGGAAACCGCUGGUUUCAAACAGUGCAUGGCUGAGUUGACGAGCUACAUGCACAAAAUCACGCCAGCACAGAGGACCAGUCUCAUCGAAGGACUCAAGUGGCACACGGACAUGCAGCCACCAUCUUUGAACCCUGACCUAGAGCAAAGACUUGGCCACGUGCCUUCAUCUUUAGACUCCAGUUACUCCUCAGACAAGAAAGAAGAGUCACUAAAGUUCCCAUUUCUGUCGCAUUCGUUCAGCCACUCUCCUCACUGCUCCACACCACGCCACGACUACCUCUCCCCACCACUGUCACCAUGGUUAUCGCCAUUGUCAGGUUACUGUACAUCUCCCCCCUUUGUCACAUACGCGUGCAAUUUUUCGUUUCCUCCCACCCCUCCAUCUUGUAACAGCAGUUUGUCCACACUUCCGGCACCUGUCCCGUUCACGCCUACCCCAGGAGUGUAUCUACCAUUGCAGCCACCUCCGCGGGGGGUUUGCUCCAGCUCAGCCUCUAUAUGGAGGCCCUGGUAG